AAAGCAAUUCAGUUGUUACUCGAAGGUAUUUACGCGAAGUUCUCGACACGCUUUUGGUUUCUGUACUAAGCAGACGCGAUUACAUAAUAAUAAUUUGCAAAUCACUAAUCGAAAAAGAAAUAUACAUAUAUAUAUAUAUAAACAAAAUGAAAUUCCUACAACUUAUCGCAUCUUUACUUUUGGGCCUCAUACUUUUGGCCAGCCUAACAACUGCUGCUCCAGCUGAGGAGGAGAGAGCUUUCUGCCCCUGUCCACGGAACUUCGAUCCAGUGUGCGCUGCCAAUAUGGUCACCUAUUCGAAUCGUUGCGAAUACGAUUGUGUACGUCGUGAUGUGGAGCGCCGAGGACGCAGUUUGAAUUUAUUGCGUUCUGGACCUUGCUAAGCCAUGAUUUCUACUGAUUUUUAUUGCGAAUUUUUUUUUUAAUUGUUUUUAUGUGACAACUUAAUCCCAAAACUUGUAAGCUGUGCAAAAGUGAUGACAAUUUUCUUAUGUCGUUGAUUAACGGAAUAAAUAUUGUAUUUUAUUUAUGAAAAA